CGUGAUGCGCCUGCGCCAACUGCGUACCUUUGUUGUGGUAAUGUGACAGCUUACUCACCGCCACCAACAGUUGUCAGGUUGUGUUCAGAAUGCGGAACCGCCCGAGGGGAUCCCAUCUGGGCCUGCUGCUCCUGGCCUCCCAGCUGUUCCAGGUGGGCUUGGACAACGUACCUCCCGUCACCCUGGCUGUUCUGGGACUCAAUACGUACCUUUACCUGUUCCCUGCAGCUCCUCUGAUGAAGGCCUGUGUGAGUGUCCAGCAGGCGUACUGGUUUAGAGACUGGCGCCGCCUCCUGCUGUCCCCGCUGCACCACGUCGAUGAUUGGCACCUCUACUUCAACAUGGCGUCCUUCCUUUGGAAAGGGAUCCAUCUGGAAAGACGUCUGGGUGGAGCCUGGUUCGCCUACCUGCUGUCAGUCUUCUCUCUGCUCACAGGAUUGGUCUACCUGGUGCUGGAGGCGGGGCUGACGGAGCUGACCCAGGAUCAGUCCUACAGCAUGGUCUGUGCUGUUGGCUUCUCAGGCGUCCUGUUCGCUCUGAAGGUGCUCAAUAACUAUUACCACCCUGGAGGAGUGACAUAUAUGAUGGGGUUCCCUGUGUCCAAUCAGUACGCUAGCUGGGCUGAGCUCGUGCUAAUCCACAUAACUUCACCUGGGACUUCUUUUGUUGGUCACCUGGCAGGUAUCCUGGUGGGUCUGCUCUACACUGCUGGACCACUGAAGACCAUCAUGAAGAAAUGUGCAGCGCUUGUGACAUCAAACGGAUAUAACUCCCGACCCGGUGUGAACUUCAGCUCUUCAGGCUCUUCAGGCUACAGAAGCACUGGUGGAGGAUACUCAGGAUACCAUCAGUAUGCACCCAAUGAUGCAUCACCUCCUUCAUCAUCUUACUCAGGAGGACUGACUGAAGAAGAGCAGCUAGAGGCGGCCAUCAGAAACAGUCUGAAUGAGAGGGGACAAACCAAUCAGAGAGGAGCUCCUCCGCCUCCUCCUCCUUACGGUUUCCACCUCCCACCGGAGGCCAGCGCUGAGGAUAUCAGGAUGCGGAGACUGAGGAGGUUCGACAGCUGAUCUGCUCGGCAGCCAAUAGGAAGAAGGUUUUACGUGACAGAACAGAAGAAGAAGAAGAACUCUUUCCUGAAGACUGACCUAAAACUUCAAACUUUGACAUGCUGAAGUAGAGCGGCCUGAAUGAGAAGGUCAAACCACACAGUGCGACACAUAAAGCAGCUCAUUGGCUGUGUGGAGCUGUGAUGUCACGUUGGUCUGAGUGUUACCAAAGAGAUGUCUGCCUUAGAAAGCUGCUUGUGUGUUAUUACUACAGAGUUCAUAUAUGUUGAUGAGCGGCUUUGGGCGCAGCAGUGAAGUUCUCUUCCAGUUUGCUGAAUUUAAAGCAAAGAAAAAGGGAAAACUAUUCAAAAAGGUAAUUUCUUAAAUCAAUUUAGAAACAGGAACUAAAAACAUAUUAAAUGAGUUCUUACUGUUUUCAAUUCGAAAAGCAUCUUUGUAAAAAUGUAAUUAUAUAAAAUGUUUUCUUUAUUCAACCACA